UUUCCGUCUGAGAGCGCAUACACUUCCGGGCGAAGCCGAAAACAACAGUGGAAAUUCACUGCAACACAUAUGCAUUUUCUGUAAAGAAGAAGAAGAAAACUGAAACAAACAUCUUAACUGCGGUCGCUUAACAGCGAGAAACCUAAACUGUCAAUAUGUUUUCCUUCCAUGUGUUCGACCACCAGCUGGCCCGAGGCUUUCAGAACCGCUUCUCCACACAGUACCGUUGCUAUUCGGUGUCCAUGCUGGCUGGACCAAACGACCGCUCCGACGUGGAGAAAGGAGGCAAAAUAAUAAUGCCGCCUUCAGCUCUCGACCAGCUCAGCAGGCUUAACAUCACGUAUCCAAUGCUGUUCAAGCUGACCAACAAGAACUCAGACAGAAUGACACACUGUGGCGUCCUGGAGUUUGUGGCAGAUGAGGGAAUCUGUUACCUGCCUCACUGGAUGAUGCAGAAUCUCCUGCUGGAGGAAGGUGGCCUCGUUCAAGUGGAAAGUGUCAAUCUCAUGGUGGCCACUUACUCAAAGUUUCAGCCUCAGAGCCCCGACUUCCUGGACAUUACAAACCCCAAGGCAGUGCUGGAGAACGCACUGAGAAACUUUGCAUGUUUGACAACUGGUGACGUCAUAGCUAUUAACUACAACGAAAAGAUAUACGAACUGCGAGUAAUGGAGACCAAACCAGAUAAAGCAGUAUCCAUCAUCGAGUGCGACAUGAACGUGGAUUUUGAUGCUCCUUUGGGUUACAAAGAACCCGAAAGACGAUCUAAUCACCAGGAUGAACCAACAGAGGAAGAGACGGAUCCUAGCAGUUACGCUGACAUGGACACAGGCUUCAGAGCUUUCACUGGCUCUGGCAAUCGUUUGGAUGGUAAAACUAAAGGGAUUGAGCCAAGCCCCGCUCCUAUCGCCCCAAGUGACAUCAAAAGAGGGAUUCCCAACUACGAGUUCAAAAUCGGCAGGAUCACUUUCAUUCGAAACUCCAGGCCUCAGCCCAAGAAAACUGUAGAUGAUGAUGAUGCCAUAAACAGAUUCAUCGCCUUCUCUGGGCAAGGGCAGUCACUACGCAAGAAGGGCCGAAAGCCUUGAAGAAUUACAAAGAGUCUUGACGGGUCUGUGCACAGACCUACCCUGACUCUUUUUCACCUUCAGCAGCAAAUAAAAUAUUGGUCUCCAGAUGUGUUGGGGUUUUGCCUCUGUGUUCCUUUUGAAAUGGAGGUUUUGCUGUUGAUUAUAGUGUGUAAUUAAGAUUCUGACAGUAAUAUUUUGUUCAAAAGAAGAUGGGCUGCUUAAAAUACUGUCAGCUCUAAUUUGGUAUUCACAAAUUCUAAGUGACCAAUUUUCAGUCAUCAUAUCAUCAAGAAUAACAUUGACUAUCAUUGCAAUGAUAGAUUGAAUUAUUUCUGACUUGGAGCAACCCUGUUUUUUUUUUUUUUCCUUGAUUCUUACAUUUUUACAAUCCACUUUAAAUAUGCUGUUAUGCAGAAUCCCAUUGUUACCAUAAAAUGGGAGCUUUUGUUUUUGAUUAUAAUGAGAAUAAUUUUAUGUUUGAUUUGGAUUAUUUUCCUCUUGACCUAUGGGAAACCUUUUCUCUGCUUAUUUAUAGAUAAAUAAAAUUGUUUUGAAAUUAA